AUGCGCGUGUUUUCGAUAUGGCUCGUCUGGUGCGCUUCCAUGAUAUGGGGUGCACAAGCCGAUGAUGCUUGGGAUGAUUUCUCGAAUAAUCUCGCUACUGACCUCUCGCCGCUCAUUGCGCUAUUCGGAGAACAGGCCACAAAGCAAUUUCUCAGUGAAUCUCUAUCUCCGCUGGAUAACUUCAUCUUCGCCAUGGCUCCGCUCGGUAUUCUCACGGCAGUCGUUUCAGCCAUUCGUGUUUGCGGCAGCUCGUCCCUUCGCGCUUUCAUCGGACGAGCCCAGGAAGGAGGUGGCACUGUCGAGGCGGAGCUGUGCUCCUCGACGAGCCGUAGCGUCAGCGAGCUAUAUAACAAUGGAGGAAUUGCGCGCGUAUUUGGGCGGCCGAAAAUCCUGGAAGUCGUUCAAGACCCGGCCUCGAAUGACUUUUAUGACGACCAUGGAAAACGGAGCAGGUUUAGGGCCGGUAUCUUCACGUUCAGAGAAUACCGGUCGACCGAGAAAGGGGUCGAGGAGUGGACAGAGACUAGCAGUGGAAUUGGGACUCUCCUUGGGGAGAAGUCGACAAGGGCAGAGCCAGUAACAGAGGCCAAGAAGCUGGAUGCGGACAACGAGCUAGCAGCUCGCAACCCUAAUUUAUCACUGAAUAUUGGAAUCAAAAGACAGCCUGACUGGGUGUUCUGGGCUGCUGCGUUGAUUGGAUUUCUGAUACAGGCUGCGGUGCUAAUAUUUGGUGCGGUUGUGACAUAUCGUCUUCGCUGGGAUAAAGAUGGUCGUUCCCCAGACCCCUGGGCAUUCCCACUGAUGCUGACCGGUACCCUGCUACAGUGCAGCGGGAUGUUUCUCUGUGCUCGACUGGUCGAGCAGAGCACUAAGGAGCGCAGAUUCAAGAAGAAAUCAGACUCGCCAGACACACAGAGUCGGCUGCAUUGGCUACAGCCAGGAAAUCAGGCUGUAGGAGAUCAGGUCUUCGACGCAUUUGCUUACAGUGACACAAAUAAGGCUCUGGAUGAUUAUGUUUCUUCAUACAAAGACGAGGGCUAUGAGCCGGUCUUCCUGGUUUGGGUCGCGAUCAGUGCGACAAUGGGCGGAUUCAUUCAGCAAUUCAUCGGGCUAAGGGCGAUGCAUUCCUCGGUGGCGGUCUUUCAGCUUGGAGCCAUGUUGGUGAUGAGCAUCAUACGUGCCGGGCUUCGUGCUCGACGAUUUGAUAAAGAUGAGAACAAGCUUCGACAUAUUAUUGAGGAAGUCCAAGGCCAUGAACUUGACUGGCAAGCAUUGCACUUUGAAGCGAAAAGGUCCAACAGGGACCAGUGCUGGUUUGUCUUCAGUGGCCCCAUUGAAGAGCAAAGCGAUUCCAAGACAGAAGACGGAUCUGUUUUCAUCGGGAAACCGCAUGAUGACAAGGCUCGCACAAUUGCCGGGUUCAGGUCGAAAUGCGACACAGAGGAAGUAAAGCUCAUUUCGGAGGCCCAAAAAGAUGAGCACGAUAGUACACGAAAACAAUAUCCGGGACAACAACAGGAAUGGCGGCCUCCCAGGCCGUGUUUGGCGGUCCGCCUUUUCAAAUAUCGAGCCCGGCUGGCACAACUGACGAUGGCCGGAAACCAGAUAAGUACUCUGGCGACAUGGGACGAUCAGCAUGUGGAAGUUCGGAACUGUGCUAGGAAACUUCAGAUCCUCAUUGAAGGAACUGCGGAGAUCAUGUUUUCUGACACCAGAAACAUAAAAGAGGAGUGGAGAGAUGUAUCCUCUUUUCACUGGGCAUUGAGCGUUGCCACUGUUUUUUAUAGCCCACACUCGAAAAGGGAUCCUGUAUUCCUUGCAGUACGAAGGGAAACCGAGUCCAGUGCUUGGAAAGUUGAGCUUCCAGAGUUGGAAGCUGUGCUAGGUCUGUGGACAUGGUCUUGGAAGAACAGGCCUUGGAGAGGCCAUUGGGAGGGGAGGUAUCCAGGAGGCCCAAGCGGGCACAAUUACAAGAGGGUCAUAAGUAAGGCCACGCAAAACGAUGAGGCUGACCUCGUUCUAUGGAUGGAUGGCUUAAAACGAAAGCCCCAAAGAGAGAACAUGGUCGGCAGAAAGGGUGCUCCGUUAUUUGGUCUGAACUCGGUCAAGGCAGGCACGCAGGACGUUCUUACUGUUCCCGUCAACUGUUGUCUCGUGGAUGCCUGCGCUCAAGAUAUCUUUAUGUCCUUUCUCAGCGCAGCUGCCAGCAUCACCGACAGUUUCGGUGGCACGACGAAGCCGGGCAUGGGAUCCAAUGACUUCAUCUUGGUGAACGAUAAGCUGUCAAAACUUGUUCAGAUUUUUCUGGAAACUGGCCUUGGGUCAAGAGAAGACGCAUAUUUAUGUAUAGUUCCUGUGCUGCAAGCGAGGUCGCGACUUCCAUCAGCAAGUCAGUGCUUGGAUACCGCCAGGCUAGCGGCCUCUGAUGCAAGGAAACGAGGAGAUUGGAAACAUGCUCAUGCCCUGCUGGACUGGGCCUGGCGAAUGUCCAAGACUUUGGCCGAACAGCAGAAGUCAACGAUUGCACUUGGGGAGUUUUACCGCUGGGGAAUACUGGACAAGAGCGGCAACAACCGAGGUCAAUUUGAUCUCUCCCAGGGGAUAGCUUGGGUAACCAAGGAGAAAGGCAAGCGUUCAGCGGCAGUGGAGGAGACCUUGUUGCGCUACGAAGCGGUCUUCUACGCUAUCCAAACCCAGAGCCAGCUGCAAGGCUCUAGCAUUCUGGAUGCGAUGAGACAGAACCAGCACGUGGAAACGUUGGCGUUACUGCGGCAAGGAGUCAACUCCAAUCAGGUAGACGAAGAAGGACGCACGCCGCUCCAUUGGGCCGCCAUUCGGGGCUGGAUAGAGGUGCUCAUCGGGCUCUUAGAGAUCGGAGCAGCACCUGACUUGGAAGAUAAACUUCAACGGACAGCACUGUCAUAUGCUGCUGAAAGCGGAAACCUGAGAGCCGUCCGAGUGCUCAUUGAAGCAGGCGCUUUCCCGAACAAAGAUGAUAAGGCCCGUCAAACUCCACUCUCAUACGCUGCUGCAGGUGGACACGACUCGGUCGUUGAGUUGCUUGCAAAGGACACGAGAGUAGCUUGCAAUACCACGGACGAUGAGGGCCAGUCGCCUCUCCAUUGGGCUGCGAAAAAUAAUUGCUUAGCCUCAGUGAAGAUCUUACUGUCCACAAGCAAAGCCAAGCAGCAAUUCAUAGACGCACCAAAUAACGACGGGCUGACAGCGCUCAUAUUGGCGCUGAUGGGCAGAGCAACUGAAGUUGCCGUUGAAUUGGUGGACAGAGGAGCCAGUUGCGCAGUGCGAGUCAAGGAAAAACCGGCAUGGCAAUGGCUCAUUGAACAAGGCCAUCCGAAGCCCGCUAGGUUCCUUAUCGCGCGUCUAAACGAUGCUUUGGCUGCGGAAAACUCUCCUUUGCGGAACAGGGCGGACAUUUAUAUAUAUCCAGAGUCGGCAGCCGAGAGCAUCGUCGCAAGCCUUGGACCGGCCAGACUUCCGUCCACGGACGAAGUGGCCAUUACAGUUCUGGACGAGACAUUGGAAUCAACGCCGGCCACUAUAGAUACCAUGGUGCGUGCGGCACAGAACAUGUACCGAGCAUUGGCAAUUUACUCUGCGGUCGAAGGCCAGCAAGUCAAAGUCUCACACAAGCCCAUUUCGGAGGACGGACUGAUGGGCUUAGUACUGGCCAGUCAAUCCGAGGACACGAAAGUAACAGAAAAAGUCGUCAAAGCAGCGGCAGGAAACGGCAGGCACGGGUACACAUUCUUGACCUCGCUGCUAGACCAUCGACCUGACGAGGUGAAGGUCACAGAUGACGUGAUCACCGCAGCAGCAGCGAACAAUGCCUUCAAGGGCCCUGACAUUCUAGCUUUGUUACUAGCUCACCGGCGCGAGGAAAUGAGGCUUACGCCAGUCAUGGUCAAUGCAGUAGCAUCCGGCUACAGAACCCAAAAGAUUAUAGACCUCCUGCUAGACAGUCAAGGCGAGACAACGGUAAUAGCCGAAGACACCGUCAUAGCGAUGGCAGCACAUCGCCAGUUCGCCGGAAUGUUUGUGCGCCCAUUGCUGGCCUCUUACCCUGAGAAGAUAACCAUUACAGAAGAGGUAGUCAAGGCAGUAGCAGCAAAUAAGAGCCAAGGUUAUGUGGUUCUGACGAUGCUCAUGAGCUGCCGAUUUGGAGCACUUCGGGUUACAGAAGAUGUGGUUAUGGCAGCAGCAGCAAAUGGGGGGUACGACCAUGGAAUCAUGAAGUUGCUGAUAGUCUUCUGGCCCGGAGUGGUGGAGAAGGUGGCAGCGAGAGAUGAGAGGCUUCGUGAGUAUGUCUCGGCUUUGCUGGCUGAACCGCAGGAGGUGAAGAGGAUAGAGGAACUAGUCGAGAUAUCACGGUAA